AUGGCGAGCGCUUCGAGGGCGGCGGCGGCAAUGCUGGUGCUGCCACCCUGCCGGCGCGCUGCCGGCACCCGAACCUCCUCCGUCGUCCACGAGCUUCACCUCCUCGCACGGCAACACCAGACGCGCCCCGCCACGGGCCCGUCGUCACGGCUCUUCACAUCAUCCGCCCGCGCCCUCCGAGCCCCCGCGCCGAAACCCAAAAAGCCCGCCUCACAACCACCGUCCCCGUCGCCCUCUCCCUCCAGGGCAUCACCAUUGCCCUCCUCCACCCCAGCAUCCUCCUCCGCCGCGGCCGCGGCCGCCUCCGUGGCUCCCAGCCGCUACGCCUUCAUCAAGAGCCUCGCCACCAAGCAGACCCCGACGCUGCUCUACGAGGCGCCCUCGCACUUCUGGUUCUACUUUGGCUGCUGGACCAGCGGCGUCUCCAUCGUGGCAUGGACCGCCCUCACGGGCCCGUCGGUCGUCCACCAGCCCGAGGGCGUGCCCCAGUGGGUGGGCGUCACCUUUGGCGCGUCGUACGUGCUCCUCGGCGCCAUGGGCUUCUACCUGCUGUCCAAGACGCCCAACAUCGUCAGCUCCAUACGCGUCCUGCCGCCGCCGCCGACGGCAGCCGCAGCUGCAGCAGCCGGGACGCAGGCCGCCGCGGCCGUCGGGCGCAGCAGCGGCGUUGCCGGAAGGGCCACCGCGGCCGUGGCGUCUGCAUCCGCGUCUGCGUCUGCGUCCGCGCCCGCCGCCAGUGCCUCUCCUCAGAUCGAGGUCACGGUGAAGCGCAUGGUGCCCCUCCUGGCCCCCAAGGUGGUCAUCGCGCCGCUCGACCGCGUGGCCCUCAAGUCGCGCUUCUCCCUGCCCGACGAGUACGUCCCCGAGCUGCGCCGCCGCCACGAGGACGAGAUGGCCCGCCGCGAGCGCGAGCGGACCUGGCGCUUCGACAAGGAGCAUCUGCUGACGAUGCCGUUCCGCCGCAUUGGCCGCGCGUUUGGCAACAUGUUCCGCGGCGUCCGCGCGGCGUGGACCGACAUGGGCUUCGGCGUCAUCACCGUCGACGGCAAGGACUACAAGGUGGACGUCACCAAGGGCUUUGCGCACGACGGGUUCCGUACUCUCGAGCGCAUCGUCACGGUAGGGCCCAAGUGA